GUUUUGUAUGAAGUGUCCGGGGUGUGACGAAAAUCAAGAAUAAGUGGAAUUCCGAGAUCUCUACGUACCCCAACGGGAAAUAGGCCUUAUAGAAACUCUCAUGCCUCCCAGAAGUGAGAGGUGUAGUUCAGCAAACUAUGAUCUUUGGCCGACAGAACCCGACAAGACAUGUGCUACAUAUUUAACUGCUUCGCAUGGGCUUUGGACUUUCUACAAAGGGCCGUCACUUUUGUCCUCGCGUGCGUCCUCUUCUGCGUGAUGGGUCUAGCAGUGAUAGUGGCGAUCGGCGCAGGAGUUGCUUACGGAUACAACUACUCCAUGGCCGAGUUCCUCACCUUCACCAGGCAAGACACAACGGUGUACAUGCGCCGUGGUCAGUUCUACGACAAACCAGACUUCGACGCGGACCGGGAAAUGUUCUACAGAAGAUCAGGAGGAGGAGAAGGAGUUGACACUUUGGCGAUGAACAAGUCGAUUGACUACCAAGACGCCGCCAUUGGUACCAAUGCGAAAGCCUUACCAGACACUUGGGGUCAAAUCAAGGAUACCAGGAAGUACGCUGAAGUGCUCACCAAGUUUUCGAGAAAGCCAGAUGAGCCUGACCAGAUCUUAAAGCCCCUUGAUGCGGAGAUAUCGAAAUCACAGAUGGAAUACAUGACGACGCCGGUGAAGCGUGUUUCCAUGACCAUGAACCCUAGUCUAUUAGCCACCACGUUGCUGCAGAGCGGCAGCUCACAGAUCAUCAUGAGGAACUUCAAGCCACCACAUCCGGAGACCACGGAGUACUUGGCAGCCACCACAGCCGAGGACGAGAGACAAGAUGACAGAGUAGACGAAGAGAAGGUGUUCUAUGAAGAAGAUCCAAUAAGAACGGAAACGUCCUUCCGCGUAAGCCCCACGCGGCGCACGCUGCCCUCCUUGCCACCGGCGCCUGCGCCGGAUGACAAAACUCGGAGUCAAAAACCUUACGUGCCGAUGCGUCAUUGGGGACCACAGAGUGGCCAGGAUGUGGUCGUGAAUGAUUACUCAGAUGAUGUAGACGAGGACAGUGUAGUCUACAAGCCUGUGUGA